AUGGCAGCAGGACACCCUGCCCUGACCUUCUUCCCCGCACCCCCCCCCCAGCGGAGGCAAUGGCUGCAGGAGGCUAUGGCCGAGGCCUUCAAGGGGCAGCUGGAGGAGGUGGAGCAGAUGAAGGAGUGUCUGCGGGUGCUGGAAGUCCAGCCCCCCAGCGGGGAGGACGGGGAGAGCUCGGAGCAUGGUUUGGAUGACCCCUCCCGCCAGGAGCGAGCCCUGGAGCUGCUGGCUGAGCUGUGUGAGAACCUGGACAAUGCUGCAGAUUUCUGCAAGCUAGAUGGGAUGCGGCUGCUGGCCCAUCAGUACCUGGAGCACCUGGACCCGGAGCUGCGGUGGCGUGCUGCCCACUUAGUGGGCACCUGCAGCCAGAACGUGCCUACAGUGCAGGAGCAGGCCCUGGCACUGGGCUGCAUGCGGAAGCUGCUGCGCCUGCUGGACCAUGACCCUGGCGAGAUGGUGCGCAUCAAGGCACUCUUUGCCAUCUCCUGCCUGGUGCGUGCCCAGGAGGCUGGGCUGCUACAGUUCCUGAGGCUGGACGGCUUCUCUGUGCUAAUGCGGGCGAUGCAGAGUCCUGUGCAGAAGCUUAAGGUGAAAUCGGCCUUCCUCCUACAGAACCUGCUCCUGGAUCACCCUGAGCACAAAGAGACCCUGUGCUCCAUGGGGAUGCUUCAGGUUGUGUGGGAGUGUCGGGAGCCCCAGCUGGGGCUAGAGGAGCUGCUGCGGGCUCGCUGCCAACUGCUGCAGGAUCAGGAGGAGUUUCAGGAGGAGCUGGAGUUCUGCGAGCGGCUGCUACGAAUAUGCUUCCAGACCCCACCCGAGGAGAGCAGCAUGGAUCGGUGACAUCCCCUGCCCUCCCCCAGCUCAGCAGGGGAGCCCCCUACCCUCCCAGCAUGCAGCCCCCAGCUCCUGCCCCUUCAUGGCAGCAUGAGACACCAGAAUCUGCCAAGGGGCCAAGCUGGACCAGAGCUCUCUGCUGGGGUGGGUGUGGCUUAUUACCCUAAUGAGGGGGUGGCACCUGGCACAUGGUCCCCUCCACACAAAUCUACUGCUUCCCAACCCCUGCCCUCACAGUCCUUCCCCUCCUCCACUACCCCUAGCCCUCAGGCAGACCGCCCACUCUUUAUCCAGAUCCCAGCAGCCCCUUUCUUCCUUCUUUCCCCCUCCCAUCCCUGAUGCUGAGUCAGGUAUCAUUCUGCUAGCAAGAUCCAGCUGCAUGUUGUUAACCUCUGACUCAUACUGGGACUGGCUGAGGAAGGGGAGCUUUCCACUUCAGGGGGCAUCAUAUUUCAUCUGCCUCCAGGCCAGCUUGGAGUGGGGCAGGAGGCUUUACCUUUCACUGGGGGAACCAGCCCCUCUCUGACACCACCUUUUAAGUCUUGAAGUCAUCCCACCUUGAAGGAAGAUGAUGUAUGAGUUCAGAGAACUGGGCAAAGCAGCAAUAUUCCUUGCCAUGCUAUUCUUGUGGGGGUGAGGAAGGGAGGCAGCCAUAGUGAUGGGAGGGGUCCCACCUUUCAAGUCCUGGGGAUUCCCCAGCAGCCCUCUUCCCCCUCUACCUGUUCAUCUGUUCUCUGCUUGUUGCCAGUGGUUUUCUAAUAAAGUUUCUGGUUUCGGUGA